UAUACAGUGUGGAAUUUUGUUCCAAAAAACUUAUUUGAGCAGUUCAGAAGAGUAGCCAACUUUUAUUUUCUGAUUAUAUUUUUGGUUCAGCUCAUGAUAGAUACCCCUACCAGUCCUAUUACCAGUGGAUUGCCAUUAUUCUUUGUCAUAACUGUGACAGCCAUAAAACAGGGUUAUGAAGACUGGCUACGACAUAAAGCAGAUAAUGAAGUAAAUGGUGCUCCAGUUUAUGUUGUUCGAAGUGGUGGCCUUGUAAAAACUAGAUCUAAAAACAUUCGGGUGGGGGACAUUGUCAGAGUAGCCAAAGAUGAGACUUUUCCUGUUGAUCUGGUGCUUCUGUCAUCUGAUCGAGUUGACGGUUCAUGCCAUGUUACUACUGCAAGUUUGGAUGGAGAGACCAAUCUUAAGACACAUGUUGCAGUCCCAGAAACAGCAGUGUUACAGUCUGUUGCCAACCUGGACAAACUUGUAGCUGUUAUAGAAUGUCAGCAACCAGAAGCAGACCUAUACAGAUUUGUUGGAAGAAUAACUGUAAGUCAGCAAACUGAAGAAAUUGUACG